CGCCUCCUCCGCCUCCUCAGCAACCACAACAUCGGAAGAAUGCCUUCUCCGUAUUCGGACGACAAGAAGAAGCUUUACGGUCAUCAAAGACACCGCGACGAAUGCUUAUCGUGCAAACAGGUUUCCGGAGAGCUCGUGUGUAAAGCAGCAGUUGACGCGUUCGGUCAGAGAACCUCGAAUGCAAAGAAUCUCAAAGAGUGUAUCGAAUUAGGAGAAAAUAAGAAGCAGAAGAAGCAGCAAGUCGAGGAGUGGAAUGAGCUUAUCCAGUCCUUCAAAGACGCCAUCAGCUCGCUGAAGAAGGAGAUCGAAGUCAUCUGCGCUGGCAACCAGCUUUCACAAGCAUUUGAACAAGAUGCAGCUGGACGCCAGGUGACUCGCAAUACGAUCUGGCACGAGGAGGCUGCUAGAAGUAUGGAAAAGACGGAGAUCCCCAAACUCAACAAUCCGGAUUCCAGCUGCCCAAGGUCGUUCAAGGGCCUAGAUCGACCCAAGAUCGAGACAAUCCCCUCUUAUCUUCUCCGGGAGUUCUCUGGUCUGCUGGUCUGGCUCAGAUUGCGCUCACGCGUACAGAAUGACCAUCCGAUGGACGCCAUUGACAAGGCUUGCGGUCCAGCAAACAUGAACCUUGACAGCGUCAUCGGCAGCUUUGGCCCACCCUCAGAGCCUGACGACGAUUGGCCCUCUGACACAACGGCACCUGCUUCGCCCAAAGCUGAGCUGCAUCUUAAGAAGGCAUCUGAGACAAAGCAAUGGGAACUCUUGGGAAGUUCCGAAUUUCUCGAAUAUGCCGAUUUACUGGUCCCUCAAUAUGCCAAGCUCGUGACUGAUAAGGUAGCAGAAGACAAGAAGAAGGAGGAGAAGCAGUUCGGACAGCCAUCAAACGACGAUCUGGAAAUUGGACGAGGCAGCAAACGGGAGCGGCUGGCCAGCGGUACGAGACCUUACCUGGCUCUCGUUCAUCAAUUGGAUUCAGGGUUGCAAGGAAGUCGACCAGGAAUUCUUCGAGACCACACUCCCAAAGUGGGGACCGGCUCUUCCAAAGCCAUCGCGGCAGUAUUCGACUCGGAUAACGCUGAUUUUAAGCCUCCCACCACAUACUACCACAAAGCUAGGUCGAUCAGAGAUCUUGAUGCAGAAGAGUACGGCCUCUCAUCGGAGAGUGACCUUGAUACAGCUCCCAUUGACCCUCGCUAAACAACAAGCAUCAUGUUAAGCUCGCGUCUCCUCCUUUCUCCUCGAUCACCUACUGGUAAGCUCCGGCCCUAUUUUGCCUCCUCGUGUCCAAAACGUCUUUUGGUGAGCUCCGGCUUCCCAUUUUCAGUCAUGGCUGUACCGCAAUCCGGGUACGC